AUGGCUCUCGUAGCAGCUGCCCGACUUCUCCAUAAUUCUUCUGCUGCAGAUGGAUGUGCCUAUUGCCCUUAUGAGAUUGUCACAGGAAAGAAGCCUAAGACCUUACUGGAGGUUGCCUAUGGUGAUGACGAUCCGGGUCCGGCGGAUCCGGAGAAGAUCGAAAACAUGCUGAACGUCAUCGUUGAGCAGAAACGAAGAUCUAGAGAUCGCAGCCGAGCUAAUGCUAUCUCGCGCGCCGAAAAGUGGCGCUCUGGCUCUUACGGCAGUGACCUGCACGAGGGCGAUUUGGUUUUCGUUGUCCAGCAACGUGGUUACAGUGGCCGGGUGGCUCUGGGUCCCUUCCGUAUUGGAAACGUCGAUGGCUCUCUCGUCUACCUACGUGGUGAGGAAGAUCCUGUUAGUCGUGGCCAGUGUGUUCCCUAUUGCCCUGACCCUCGCUAUUCUGAUGUCGCCGGAGACGACCAUCAGGCCAUGAAGGUCGAGUUUAACUCUCUCGCUCCUGACAUGAUGAUUAUGUUUGAGGUUGAGGAACUUGACGGCCAGGUGAAGUCUCUUGAUGUUGGUAGGGUCGUGGCCGAUCCCCUGCGUGGCAAGGUCAAGGUUGAACCGUAUGCGUCUCCGACUCCUCUGUUCUGGUUUCGUAGACAGCCGCGUGAAAGAAGGCUGGUUACGGUUUCUAAGUCCCAGGUGAAGUUCUCAACUUCUGAUACUUUCCUCGAACCGGACGGCAAGCUCAGCUGUGAAUCGAUUGAGCUGCUCAGCCAGAGAGGAUAUAUACAGUGA